UCCUCUGACUACUAGUGAUUAAAAUGGUUCUACUCACUUGUAAAUUUAAGUAAACCUAAGUAUAAAUUGGGAUCGUUUCACAUAAUGCUUUCAUUUCGGUUUCUUUUGUAAUGAAAAAUUGUUCAAUUUCAAUCGAAAUAAACUGAAUACGUUCAAAAAAACAAAAAGUGGUGAAAUUACUAUAUUAUUCUAUUAUUAAAGUUUUGUAUUUAUUUUUAAAAAAAAGUAUGAAAUCAAUAACACCGUUAAUUUUAGUAAUAUGUUUAAUUUCAUUUUUUUGUGAUGGAAUGACGGUUGGCACAAUUACUAAGGACAUUCAAAAUACUGGAGAAUCUCCAGAAUCAAGCCGGAAAAUAAAAAAUCCGAACGACGAUCCAGACAAUUUACUGAAAGAAAUUUUUUCGGAUGAAAAAAUAGUGAAUUUUCUAGCACUUCAUGGAAUUGACAAAACAAAAGUCCCUAAUUCGCCAUUGUUGCAGUAUUUUCUUUUGGUUAACAUUAUGCAAGAGAAACGAAGUAUCGAUUAUACACAUCGAUUCGGAAAGGGAUCAAAUGAGAAUAUCGAGCAACAAAAGUCAUAUGAUGUUAUCUUCACGCCGCGAAUGGGCAAACGGUAGGAGCAAAAUAGUCGAAAAGGGGCUAUAAAGGGCUAUGCCAACUGGGUGCAUGCGUAUCACUGCAAUCUAUUAAUACAAUGAACUAAAUCUCUUGAAAACGUCAAUGGAAGAGUAUGUUUUUCUGAGUUGUAGUACGAUAAGCGAGAGUAUGUAUUUCCAUGGUAAAUAAAAUGUCUUACAUCCGUAAGACGAACUUGUCUGCAAUGUGGUGCACGACAUGUAUUAGCAUUUAUUACAUAUCUUUUGCUGUAAAUUUGAAUCUACGAGAUAAAUGAAUCUGACGACAAGUAAUCUUCGACACAAUUUUCAUACAAAAAUUACUAAAAAUGUGAAUUUUUGUAUGGGAUGGCCUUUAUAAUAUCGUAAUGAUGUAUUGGGACUAAAACUUAAUAACGGGAACUUGACGCUAGUUGUCACCACUUGUAAUUGUGUCGUAGUAUAUCAAUGAAAUAUAUGUCAUUUGAAAGUGUCAUUCAACAGCUGUCAAAACAGUAAAAACAAAUAUUUUAUCUUGA